GUCUCGUAGGGCUGCCGGAUGCUGGGACUCCGACCUAUUUCUGAUUCAGCUAAACUGUGCCCGCAGCUCCAGCCGCCUAUUACGAAGCGUGUUUCGCAUUUGGGCGAUCGCCGACCGCCUAUAAUAUAUAUGUGUGCUUGAACAACCAGAUGACUCCAAUGGCUAUGUACUCUUUUGAUACCGACGAAACCUUGAGCGUCUUUGGGCUGCCAACUGAAGCGACCAGUUCGAUAACAUACGUCAACUGGGCCCACGUUCCGGAGUGGAUCAAGGAAGUAUUGGAUGGUAGUUGGUGCGUGACGGAUGGGCGCGUCGGUGUGGGGGAGGCGAAUGCGCACACGCUUUGGUAUCUCAACCGUCAAGGCUGUUCCUCGUCAACACUGAGGAUCACGGUCUACGUCCAGUCACCGAUAGAUGCCAACGGGGUCUUGGACAUGGCUGCUGCCAGACAAGCAACACGUCGGUGUCUUGCAAGUAUUAUCCAAAGCACCGACGCCCCUCUCCAGUUCGUAUGGACACGCGCAGAGCUUGACGAGUUCGGCGAGUAUUCCGUGCGGUAUACACGUGGUGGCAGAUGUAUCGUUGUUGCUGCAGGUCAAACCGUUGUCGAGAUAUGGAACGAAGAUAACUCGAUGGCGGUGGAGAGUUUCGAGGAUUGCGCUCGCAAACUCCUGGAACAUACCAUUCGCAGGGAAUCGGAUGGUCUACCCCUUACUGCCCCUAUCAUCAAACGUGGUCCACUCGCUACCGGAAGUCAUGACGAGCAUCCGAGCAAAAUCGUGGUCCAAAACGAUGGCCGAUUUUCGCUCGACUUUGAGCUAGAUAAGCCCAUCGCUGCUGCCAAUGCUACUACCGAAGGAUACGGUUAUAUGUUUGAGAGGUAUGUUCAGGAGGUUACAGAAGAUUUAGUCACUGUCAAGCUCAUAAUGGUGGCACGAUACGCUGGGAGUCAUGUGGUGACAGUGCACUUCGCAGAUUCGGAGACGAUGAUAUCGCGAUCGCAAAAGUUUGAGAUUGAGGUUGAGAUUGUUGAAUGAGGGGGGUACUAGAUGUCUGUACUAUCACGAUGGUUCCAAAUCAGUACACAGAUCUGAAACCGAG